AUGGCACCCCCAAGACCACAGCCAAUCCCAUGCAACCAACAACGUAGCUCCAGUGCCUUCAGAAAUGAGUUGGAUGGAGUGACUGAGAAGGCCAAAUGGGCUGAGCCAAACCUGAAGGCAUGCAAGCCAAUGAUCACCAUCUCUGAUCUGGACAAUGUCACCGUCACAGCAAACAACUCAGCUGAUGUGGUGGACAUGAUUGAGGACCUCCUGGGUGUCGAGGGGGACCUGAGUGACUCCCAGCUGGCCACCGUGGUCCAGAAGCUGGAUGAGGUUCUGGGGGUCAGCACAGUGACCCCUGCACUCGGCGAGGACAUUGUCAGCAUAAUCGCUGACAUCCUGGGGUCCAGUUCUAACCUAUCAGCGGUCGCCAACGACAUACUGGGUAUUACAGGCAGCGUUGGGGACCAGAUGGAUUUCCCUGAGGAGUCACAAGAUGUGACCGUCCCCUCCCUGGCUCUCUCCAUGAUCAACGUAGAUCCAGAGCAGUUCCAGGGCCUCACGUUUGGCGUGUCCUCCUUUUCAACUGGCCUUGCUCCAGAGAUCUUUGUCAACCAGACAUUCCUGAGUCAGCCCUGCGACGGCACAGUGGCGUCCAUCUCUCUACCCCGUGCCAUUCAGAACUUCUUCCCCGAGGGAAACAAAAAAAAGAGAGUUCAGUUCCACUUCUAUGGCACACAGGAGCUCUUCAAGGAUCCAGAGACCAACUGGACGCUGAAUAGUUACGUGGUGUCUGCCAGUGUCAACAACAGCAAUGUCAGCAACCUCGGGAAACCCGUGGUGGUGACACUUACUCACCUCAAGCCCAAAGAGAAAAACGACAAGGUGGAGUGCGUGUAUUGGGACUUCCAGAAGAACAAUGGGAGUGGUGGGUGGGACAGCAACGGCUGUGAGACACUUCCAACCACCUCCGCUUAUCAGACCACCUGCCACUGUUACCACCUGACCCAUUUUGCCGUGCUCCUGGAUGUGUCCAGGGCUCCUAUCAGUGAGGCUGACCAGGAGAUACUGAUGGUCAUCUCCUACUUGGGCUGUGGUGUGUCCUCCAUCUUCCUGAGCAUCAGCCUGCUCACCUACAUGGUCUUUGAGAAGCUGCGUCGAGACUAUCCGUCUAAGAUCCUCAUCAACCUCUCUGUGGCUCUGCUGGGCCUCAACCUGGUUUUCCUGAUGGACUCUUGGCUGUCCUCCUUCGGCUUCUACAGCCUCUGCAUCACCACGGCAGCCACGCUGCACUACUUCCUGUUAGCCUCAUUCACCUGGAUGGGCCUGGAGGCUGUCCACAUGUACUUCGCUCUGGUCAAGGUCUUCAACGUUUACAUCCCCUCCUACAUCCUCAAGUUCUGCACCCUCGGCUGGGGCAUUCCUCUGGUGAUUGUCAGCCUGGUCCUGGCCAUUGAGAAGGAUGCCUAUGGCAAUGUUCUAUCUGAAGACUCCCUUGACUCUCUACAGGGCUAUGAGCCAUUCUGUUGGAUGCAGAGUAACGUUUUCUUCUACAUCACUAUCGUGGCAUUCGUGCUACUGGUCCUGGUCUUUAACAUGGUCGUGUUCAUCAUGGUUCUGAUCCAGAUCCGACACACGCAGACCAAUAAUCCUGCAGCUACAGUAAACAAGCGCAGUGUCAUGCAUGAUCUGAGGGCUGUGGCCAGUCUCACCUUCCUAUUGGGUCUUACCUGGCCAAUAGCCUUUUUUACCUGGGGACCGGCCAGGGUACCUAUGCUCCACCUCUUCUCAGUCCUCAACAGUCUGCAAGGGUUCUUUAUCUUUGUGUUUCACUGCCUGAUGAAAGAGAAUGUAAGGAAGCAGUGGAGGAUCCACCUGUGCUGUGGCCGAUUCAGGCGCAAUGACUUCUCAGAUUGGAGCCGCUCUGUGAUGAUGGGUGGCAAGACCAAGCAAAACCAUCUGGUGCACCGCUUUCCGUCUGUCAAGUCUGUCAACACGUCCUCUAGGAAGAUCUCUGAUGACUCCACUACAGCUAGCUGUAGCUCUGCCCCACCCUACCACCAGUGGGCCUAG